CGAAAUAUUAGAAAAUUUCAAAAUUAAGAACCCCGCAAACCCCUUCUCUUAUCCACUCCCGUUAAGGAUGUCCCUCUGCUACACUCACACUCCCCUACCUUACGCUCGACCUCUCUCCCGCCCCCCGAAAGCCGUCGUACGUGCCGCCAUCUCUUCCCCAAGGAGGAAACAGUCACCGAGGAGAAAAAAACGACAGCCGCAAACGAACGACGAUGGCGCUCUUUCAUCCAACGGUGCCGUUUCAGCGCUUGAGAAAUCCCUUCGGUUCACUUUCAUGGAAGAGCUCAUGGAGAAGGCCAGGAGCCGCGACGCUGUCGGCGUUUCCUACGUUAUAUAUGACAUGGUCGCCGCCGGGCUGACGCCAGGCCCUAGGUCGUUCCACGGGCUGGUGGUGGCCCACGCGUUAAAUGGCGACGUUGAAGGCGCGAUGCAGGGGUUGAGGAGGGAGCUGAGUGCUGGCCUUCGUCCUCUCCACGAAACGCUUGUCACGUUAAUUCGUUUGUUUGGGUCUAAAGGCCAUGCCAGUAGAGGCUUGGAGAUACUUGCGGCGAUGGAGAAUCUAAACUAUGACAUUCGUCAAGCCUGGUUAAUUCUUGUACAGGAGCUUGUUAGGAGCAGCAAUUUGGGGGAUGCCAACACAGUGUUUUUGAAGGGUGCCAAAGGUGGGUUGAGAGCUACAGAUGAACUGUAUGAUUUGAUGAUUCAGGAGGAUUGCAAAGCUGGGGAUCAUCCUAAUGCCUUGGAAAUUGCCUAUGAAAUGGAGGCUGCCGGGCGUAUGGCAACGACCUUUCAUUUCAAUUGCCUUCUUAGUGUCCAGGCAACUUGUGGGAUACCUGAAAUAGCUUUUGCAACAUUUGAGAACAUGGAAUAUGGAGAAGAAUAUAUGAAACCUGACACUGACACAUAUAAUUGGGUUAUCCAAGCAUACACAAGAGCUGAGUCUUAUGACAGAGUGCAAGAUGUUGCUGAGUUACUUGGAAUGAUGGUUGAAAACCACAAAUGUUUGCAACCUAAUGUAAAAACCUAUGCGCUGUUAGUGGAGUGCUUUACCAAGUACCGUGUCAUAAAUGAAGCUAUUCGACAUUUUCGUGCACUAAAAGAACAUGAAGGGGGGACAAAAGUUCUACAUAAUGAAGGCAACUUUGGUGAUCCACUUUCUUUGUAUCUUCGAGCUUUAUGUCGAGAAGGAAGAAUUGUUGAAUUGCUAGAAGCUUUAGAUGCCAUGGCUAAAGAUAAUCAACCCAUUCCAGCAAGAGCUAUGAUUCUGAGCAGAAGGUAUCGAACACUAGUUAGCUCCUGGAUUGAACCUCUACAAGAAGAAGCUGAACUUGGUUAUGAGAUUGAUUACAUUGCCAGGUAUAUAGCAGAAGGUGGGCUCACUGGUGAACGCAAGCAUUGGGUCCCUCGAAGUGGUAAAACUCCUCUGGAUCCUGAUGUUGCUGGAUUUAUAUACUCAAACCCAAUUGAAACAUCCUUCAAACAAAGAUGUCUUGAGGACUUGAAGAUGCACCAUCGGAAACUAUUGACAAUCUUGCAAACUGAGGGGCUUUCAGCUUUGGGUGAUGCAUCUGAAUCUGAUUAUGUGAGAGUGGUGGAGAGGCUAAAGAAAAUAAUUAAAGGUCCCAAUCAGAAUGUUUUGAAACCCAAAGCUGCAAGUAAGAUGAUAGUGUCUGAGUUAAAGGAAGAGCUAGAAGCACAAGGUCUGCCAACUGAUGGAACAAGAAAUGUUCUUUAUCAGCGUGUGCAAAAGGCAAGGAGAAUAAACCGUUCACGUGGCCGGCCCCUUUGGGUUCCUCCUGUAGAGGAGGAAGAAGAAGAGGUAGAUGAGGAGUUGGAUGAACUAAUUUCACGGAUCAAGUUGGAAGAAGGAAAUACAGAGUUUUGGAAACGCCGCUUCCUUGGAGAAGGCUUGAGUGCUGAUCAUGUCAAACCUGUUGAUAUGGAUGAAUCAGAACCUGUGGAUGAGCUGGAUGAUGGUGAUGGCGACAGUGAUAUUGUGGAAUACAUUGCAAAGGAUGUUCAAGAUGAAGAAGCUGAUGAAGAGGAGGAAGUGGAACAAAAUGAGAGCCAAGAUGAAGAGACAAUCAAGGGUAAGGAAGUUGAAGCUAAGAAACCUCUUCAGAUGGUUGGGGUCCAAUUGUUCAAAGAUGCUGACCAAACAACCAGCAAUUCAAAAAAAUCUAGGCGAAAAGUGUCUCGAGUAUCAUUAGAGGAUGAUGAAGAUGAUGAUUGGUUUCCUGAGGAUAUUUUUGAAGCAUUUAAAGAGAUGAGAGAUAGGAAAGUAUUUGAUGUAGAAGACAUGUACACUAUAGCUGAUGCUUGGGGUUGGACAUGGGAAAAAGAACUGAAGAAUAGACCUCCUAGAAGGUGGUCACAAGAAUGGGAAGUUGAGUUGGCAAUUCAAGUGAUGCAGAAGGUAAUUGAAUUGGGUGGAACACCUACUAUUGGAGAUUGUGCUAUGAUAUUGCGUGCAGCUGUAAGGGCUCCUAUGCCUUCAGUCUUCUUGAAGAUCCUGCAGACAACACACAGUCUUGGUUAUGUCUUUGGGAGCCCUCUUUAUGAUGAAAUAAUCUCUUUAUGUCUCGACCUUGGAGAACUAGAUGCAGCCAUUGCAAUUGUAGCAGACAUGGAGACUACAAGAAUCACAGUUUUAGACCAAACCAUAGACAAGGUUAUUUCUGCUAGACAGACUGUUGACAAUGCUGUGGACAAUGCUUCAUCAUAGCUGCAGAUUCAUGUAACCUAUCUCCCACAUUAUAGAGUUCCCGGUAAAUUUGUAGGGUGUCGUUGCUAUUCUUCUGCAAAUCCGCUUUCUGCCGCCAGUUUGUAAAUUUUGAAUGCUUCAAAAUGAACAAUAAGUGUUAAAUUGUCUCAUGGCAGCAUUGUAAAUAUUCAUCUCCAUUUUCAAUCAUAAUUUAUGAAACUCAAAAAAAUUAUAAUUUGUAA